AAAAAAAUCCAUAGAGAGAGAAAUGAAAGGGAAGAGAAACCAACGGUGUUGAUAAAGCAAACCCUCAAAAUCUUAAUCUCUUCUUCUCCAGCGUCCGAUCGAUCUCCUCUCUCUCUUCUCCUCCUUCAUCGGCCGUGGAUCUUCUCUCGCGCCCAAAUACAAAUUUCUCUUCUUCUCUAUUCCUCUUCCUUCCUUCCUUCUUUCUCAAUCUCUAUUUUCAAUUUAGGGUUUUGCCAUCAUGUCUGACAACAAUAAUCCAAGCAGUCCUGGCGGUGGUAGCCACGAAAGCGGCGAUCAAAGUCCCAGGUCUAAUGUUCGUGAACAGGACAGGUAUCUACCCAUUGCUAAUAUAAGUCGAAUUAUGAAGAAAGCACUUCCAGCUAACGGUAAGAUCGCGAAGGAUGCUAAGGAAACAGUUCAGGAAUGCGUCUCCGAGUUUAUCAGCUUUAUCACUAGCGAGGCGAGUGAUAAGUGUCAGAGAGAGAAGAGGAAGACGAUCAAUGGAGAUGAUUUGAUUUGGGCAAUGGCUACUUUAGGGUUUGAAGAUUAUAUUGAUCCUCUUAAACUUUACUUGACUAGAUACAGAGAGAUGGAGGGUGAUACUAAGGGAGGAUCAUCAUCUAAAGGUGGAGAAGGUUCAUCUAAGAAAGAUGGAGUACACCCAAAUCACAAUUCUCAGGGUUCAUACACACAACAGGGCAUGGACUAUGGAAGCUCUAGAAAUUGAAGACACUUUACUGCAAAGUUUGUAAAUUUCAAGCAUGUUUCCUAGGUGCAAUAUUUAGUGAUUCCCAUGCAAGGCAAUAAGGAGUAGAAAUCUGUUCUUCUUCUUCUUCAUCUUCAUGCUUUGUUUUUUUUUUCUUGGUGAUUCAAACUUACAGUCUGGAUGAUUUUUAUUAUGCAUAAUUAUGACCUAGUUUGUGUAGUAAACAAUAUAUUAUUAUGUUUGAGUUUGUUACAGUGUUUUUUAUAUAUAUUUAUUUCUAAGCUGU